ACGCCACCACUCAUCCACGCAUUUACCCACAUCCACGCCAUGAACAGUGAAUACGACUACCUUUUUAAAUUAUUGCUUAUCGGCGACUCCGGUGUCGGGAAGUCGUGUUUGUUGUUGCGUUUUGCUGAUGACACGUACACCCCCGACUACAUCUCCACCAUCGGGGUCGACUUCAAGAUUAGAACUAUCGAGCUCGAUGGCAAGACCAUCAAGUUGCAGAUCUGGGAUACUGCUGGCCAGGAGCGGUUCAGGACCAUCACCUCGUCGUACUACCGCGGCGCGCACGGGAUCAUCAUCGUGUACGACGUCACCGACCAGGAGUCCUUCAACAACGUCAAGCAGUGGUUGCAAGAGAUUGACCGCUACGCUACCGGUGGGGUCAUGAAGUUGUUGGUUGGGAACAAGUCCGACUUGACUGAUAAGAAGGUCGUGGACUACGCCGUCGCGAAGGAGUUUUGCGAGUCGUUGGACAUGCCGUUCUUGGAAACAUCUGCCUUGUCGUCCACAAACGUCGAGCAGGCUUUCUUCACCAUGGCCAGACAGAUCAAGGCCCAGAUGGCUAACUCACAGUCCGCGAACGCCGCCUCCAACAACGGCAAGGCCAACGUCAACUUGAGGGGCCAGUCCAUCGCCGCCUCCACCAGCAGCUCCUGCUGUUAGCUACCGCAUAACCGGAGCCGCACGGUGGCGGUUCCUCCCUAAUACGAGUCCCA